GGCCCGAUCACAAAGCACCACUUCCAUUCCCAUUACCACCGUCAAGAUGAGGUUUGGGCAGAAUUAUCACCGGAAUUUUGUUCCGGAAUGGAGUGAGCACUAUGUCGACUACAACUUGCUCAAGAAACAUGCCAAACUGGGCAACAUCGCAGACAUCUAUGAGUACCUGGACAAUGCCGUUCCUGCUCUAAAAGCCUUCUACCAACACGAAAUCAAUACCGACAGCUUCCAGCAAGAAGAUUUGAAUAAACUGCAGUGGUUUGAAAGAGUCAACGUGGACGCUAUCGAAAGAAUCAUCACAAAGCUCAAGCGAAAUGGUCACGCUGGCAGCCCAGAUCCCAGCAGAUUUGCCUUCUGGAAAAACUCACGGCAAAUGAAACUUUACAAUCAGCAAAAUGGGAAUGGGCUCCAGGAUGGAAUUCUCCCCAACAAGCCGAGAACAGCGAACCCUCUCCAGGUGGCGAUCAGGAAUCAAGAUGACGAACGGGUUCUUGCUCUGGUGCAAGACUCAAAAAACCUGCGCUAUCUAUCUGCCCGUGGGGAAAACGCGCUCCAUGUUGCCGCUCAACUUGGUCGGCUCGAUUACACAAAUCUUCUUCUCAAAGCUUUGGCCAAAGGUGGUCUCAACCAUGACAUUCCCGACAUAUCGAGAGGUUGGACACCGCUCUUCUUUGCCGCCGUGGACGGCCACUUUGAUAUCGUACAACUACUGCUCGAGGCGGGGUCGAAUCAGCACAAAAAGGAUCAUUUCGGGUGGACUGCCAAAGAGUACGCUGUUUUCAAAGGGCACCUCGCCGUGGCUGGUCUCUUUGAAACCACCGAUAUUAAUGGGCUGACUGGUGGACCUGAACAGAGUCCAAUUGGACCCUCCGUUUACGCUCCUGAGCACUGCAGAGAGGGUGAGCAGAUCAUUAUUGCCACGCUGGGGAGUUCGAGGAAAGACAGGGUAGUGACGGAAGUCGAUUUGAGCUACUGCUCCUCGAGUCUCAUCCGCGAGCAGACUGUUCCCAUCUUGGACAAAGAGACGAUGAGUGUGGCCGGAACAGUCACAUUCACCUUCCUCAUUGCCAAACCAUAUGUCCAUGAUCUUCAGGGGCCACAAGGAUUUUCUACACCAGAAGAAUGGAAAACAGCGCUCACGCCAGUGUCUUCGCCACCUUUGCUCGUUGGACAUCGAGGCACCGGCCAAAACCUCAUCGCCAACAAACACCUCCAAAUAGGAGAAAACACCGUCGGCUCCUUCCUCUCAGCAGCCACUCUCGGCGCCUCCUUUGUCGAAUUCGACGUCCAAGUCACCCGGGAUCUGCAGGCAGUCUGCUUCCACGACUUUUCCCUCAGCGAGUCCGGCACCGAUGUCCCCGUUCACGAUCUCACGCUGGAUCAGUUUUUACAUGCGAGCAAAAUCCAAUCUCCGCACGGAAAUCCCCUUUCCAUGCUUGGGAAGCCUUGUUCCCAAGAUGAAGGCAACAAUGCCAGACCACGAUCUCGCUCACUGGGGGAACAGUUCGAGGCAGGGGCGAUCCAGAUCCGGGACAGGAUGAAGCACACGGUUGAUUUCAAGCUCAAAGGUUUCAAGCCAAACACCAGGGGGGAAUUCAUCCAGGAUUCAUUUGCUACUCUCAAGGACAUCCUGACGCAACUGCCGGAGGAAAUAGGGUUGGAUAUCGAGAUCAAAUACCCUCGUUUACACGAAGCGGUCGAUGCUGGUGUGACUCCGGUGGCUAUCGAGUUGAACACCUUUGUUGAUGUUGCUCUUGAUACGAUACGGCAGCACAACAAGAAGGGUUCCAAGAGGAAGAUCGUGCUUUCUUCGUUCACACCAGAGAUAUGCAUUCUUCUGUCUCUGAAACAAAAGGCUUACCCGGUGUUUUUUAUUACGAAUGCUGGCAAGAUUCCCAUGACGGACAUGGAGGUUAGAGCGGCUAGUGUUCAAGUGGCUGUGAGGUUUGCCAGACGGUGGAAUUUGACUGGGAUAGUCUUUGCGUGUGAGGCGUUGCUGUUGAGCCCAAGGUUGGUGGGGUAUGUGAAGAAGAAGGGAGGGCUGGUGUGUGCUACCUAUGGGGAGCUGAAUAACCAAGCGGAGGUGGUGAGGAAACAGGUAGCGGCGGGGGUGGAUAUCAUUGUUGCGGACCGGGUCCGCUUGGUAGCUGAUACCUUGGCGGUGCUGAAUUAG